AUGCCCGCCCGUACGCUCAGAAGUCUCACGGAGAUCGACUCCCUCGUGGCAACGGACGAAUACACCACCAAUUUGGACCGUUUGAUCCUCAACUUUCCCUCUCCCACCUCCUACAUCCCCUCCAGCGUGCUCAAAGUUGCGCGUCUCAUUACGCCCCCGCCUAGUACACCUCUGAUCAUCACCAACGCGAUUGGCCAACAGGAUCGACUAUCCCUUGUCGUGUCGCCGUUUCUUGUGUACUUUCUCCAGCGAUCCUCCUCUCGGUCAGUCGCCGUACGGAUCAUCUUCGGCAGGCAUCAUAGCAGCCAGACCUGGUACCACCGGACGUUGAACUUCAUGCGCAUUGGUGAUUCGGGAUCGGACGACGAGGACAGGAUGGAGAAGUGGCUGGUCAGGCUGGUUCAGAACGCUUCUGAGUCCCCCGUGCCAGGUGGGAAGUGGGCGGAUAGCUUGAAGGAACAGCACGGAGGGGGGAAAUGGGGGUUUUAA